UCCUAUAUAUUCUAGGUCCCACAAUCUCCACUCUCCAGUCAUUUUUGCUAGUACAAUAGGAAAUCCUGCAACCAUGAGGGUUUCAGCUCUGGGUUUGAUUGCUGCCUCCUUAACUUUUCUCAUUGUUGUUAAAGCUCAGGUUGAUUUAAAGGAUUUCAUCCAGCUGACGAGUGAAGAUCUUGAAUGGCCAUCAGCAUUGUCUGUCUCCGAUGAGUUAAGUGACAGUGAAGACGAAGAGUAUGGCGCCGGCUCUCAUAGGAGGUCUCUGCAUGGGAGAGCAAAGCACUAUUACUUAUCUUAUGGUGCUCUCUCUGCAAACAGGGUACCUUGCCCAGCUCGCUCAGGGAGGUCUUACUAUACCCAUAACUGUUUCCGAUCAAGAGGACAGGCUAACCCUUACACCAGAGGUUGCUCUUGUAUCACUCACUGCAGGAGAUAAGAGCUUGCUUGAUUUUGCUUUCUCUUUCGUUCAUUUUUCCCAUAUGUGUAGUGAAAUUAUUUGGUUUGUCCAUCCCGGAAAGGAAAGCGUUUUCUAAGUUACGACUGCUUUCGCUGGGCCUGUGUUGAGACAGCAUUUUAUUGAAUUUGUGCGUCUUACCUCAGCGAAAAAACUUAAGGUUGCAGCGAAUAAUUAGUGAAAUCUUAUUAUAAAAUCACUAGUUUCAAAGCAAUUCUUCUUAUCACAGCACAGUUAUUUCACCUGCU